AGGACCUCACAUAUUUCACACCAAGAAACAAAACGAAAAAAUGAAAAAUAAUGAUUUGAAUUUAAAAGAGCGUCAACAUAGUCGGCAACGACUUUGCGGCUGCGUAAUAUCGUCGUAACAGGUGGUUCUUGUUUUUUGCAACAAAAAAAUGACAGCAGUUUCGCGCGCCCGAAUAUUUUUUUUCGCCGCCUUCGUAUUUUUGGCGGCGUUGCCGGACUUUUUGACGCUCUCCCUUCUGCCGAACUUUCGUGUGAAGCUGAUGCAGAAGCUGGACCUGUGCACGACGCAGUCGAGCUGUACACAGCUGACGGUCAUUUUCUUCUCCACUUUGGACACGGUUUUCGGCGUCGCCUCGAUCUACUUCGGACCCAAGAUCGGGGAAUGGACGGACACCCACGGCCGCAAACGGGUUUUGUCCGCUUUUGCCAUCGUGAACUUUCUCGCAGCGGCGAAUCUCGCGGUCAUGGCCGGGUACGUGCUGAACGAUAAGGGCUGGGAACAAUACGACACCACCAGUGCAGGGACAACUGGAUCGCCUUUGCCUGGUCAGUUGUACCAGGAGCCCGGGCGAAUACCCCCGACAAGGUCGUGGCAAGAAAGCCUAGCUGUACCAGACUCGCAGUCGUGGCCGGAUCCAGUUCAACAAUUGCAGGAACUACAAGUAGGGCACGAUGAUCUCGAAAGAUUGUCGUCAGCAGAAAUUUCAGGAGGCCUGUCUGGGGCAGCAAGAGAGCGUAGCAAUAGCGCUGCGUUCCCCUUCUUGCUCCCUGCGCUCUCGAUAGCCGCGCGGUCUGCUUCUAUUGCUGGGGCGCACGAGAAGUGGCGCAUACCUCAACAGCGAGCAUCGAGCGCAUCGCUUGAAGCCGCACAAGACGAUUCAGGUCGUGGAUCUUCAGGUUUCUCGACUACCUCCUACGGCUCCUUUUUCAACUUUUCGGAUGACGUGAUACUUUACCUGUGCUUCUUCUUCUACGCGUCCUUCCUCGCGUUUUUCAACGCGGUGGGUGCGGUCUACGGAUUUUUUGGAAUGGCACCGGUACAGGCAACGCUUGUCGAUUUGUCCACGGGCGGCGCAGGAGCAGAGAAGGACUCACAACGAGGACGAGAACUACAGGGGGAUCAACAAGAUCAGAACAGUGUUUCGCUGUCCUUAGGAAGUCCAGUAGAUGACGACUAUCUCCCGAGCGGGACAAGCAAUCUCAUGCUCGUCGACGGUAAGAGAGUCGCCGACGUUCGUCAACGACCAAGUAGACAUGGGAAAGCGAAUUAUCCGGAAUCCGACGAGGAAAAUGCGGAUGACGUCCUUGUUGUAAAAACUUCCACAUUUUCCUUUCCCAUGGAAGAGAAAGACCACGGACUCGUCCCUGCCCAACAGCAACAGUCAAAAACAUCUUCGGAGGAGCAUGCGGAGAACUACAGCGCAUCUGGGAGCAGCUCAAGCGGUUACGACACUGCCGCGGAAUUGGAUGAAGAUGAGCUUGCGUACAACUCGUUCGAGAGCUCGACUUCGUUAGAGCGCAGACGAAGUAAAAGCAAGGACACGUCAUCACCUGGGGAGGCCGACCACGAGGCGGACGAUGACGAGGACGCAUUGGACUACAGCAUAGCGGAAGAUACCGUCACCCGCGUCUCGUCGUCGUGGGAAGCGUCAACGGCUGACGUAGUACGUCGAAAAGAACAAAAGGGCACUUUUUCUCCACCUGCCACCACCAGUGCGGUCUCGUCAAGACGGCAGGUAGUAGCAGCGGGCUCUGCUGCAGAAAAGGAGCAAGGUAGCCUCGGGAUUGCCGCGGACCCCUCGUCUGGGUCGGCUGUCUCUGUUGUUGAAAGCGGAAGUCCAGGUCUUGGCUCGGGGGCAUCUGCACCUGGAGUUGUACUUGGUAGAAAGAAAGCUUCGGGCGACGUCGACGAUGAAGCCCAGGAAACCAAGCGGAAGCAGGACGCGAUCCUAACGCGCAACUUCAACGCGUUUUUUGUUUUGCUCACCGUUUCAAUCAGCGUCGGCCCCUCCUUGGGUGUGUUUGUCGUCGAUCACACUACCGGCGACCUGACCUUCCUGCUAAAAAUCAACGCUAUGCUUGCGCUUGCUGCGGUCCUGGUAGGCUACCGCACUCUCCCGGACGAUCGGCCAAGUCGUGUGGAAGACAGCUCGGCGGCCCUCGUUCUCGUCGAUACUAGUGGUAGUGUGUCAGUAGAGGUGGACCCAUCGGAAGUGCGGCACGCUGGCUCCUCCCCGGGAUCUCACACAGGAGGCGCAGAUGCAUAUCCAUAUGUAAAAUCUUGACUGUCCUCCUCGCCAUCAAUUUGUAGUGCCGCGAAGGCCACCAUGCAUAGAGUUCUUGAAAAAAAUGAGGCAUAGUAUGAUCAACGCAGAGGAUUAAAGCCCGCGCUGAUGAUGGCCAAUCUAGGUUUUACACAUGAUAGCACAACUUCCGCGACCACCAGUGCGGGAGGAAGUAGCACUAGCGCUAGGUCGUCGCUACUAACUACGUCGCUGCAGACGAGUUCUUACGAAGUAGAUGACCUCGAGUUCAGCACAACAUCAUCGGCCAGAACUUCUUCGGCUCUCCCAGAAGAUGCAGAGGUGCCUUUUGGAGGCGUCGAAGUAGUUUCGACCGGAGCUGCAGUUCCGCCAGCAGCUGCGAACUUUAGUAGCCCGUCUGCUUCCAGCGUUGCCUCGUCCUCAAGUGCAGCAGCGGCAAGGUGGUCGGCGAGGGCACGCGCGCGUGGUGUGGGAGCUGGUGCACGGGCUGCACUGUUGCUAGCCUCGUUCCGGAAGCAGACCCAGAAAAUCUACACGGAAUUGGUCACGCAACCGCUGCUCGACUUCAACCACAUCAUUCUGUAUGCCGCCCUGAUUCGCGCGAUUCUGAGCUGCUCGUCGCAGGGAGUGCAGGAACAAGCCAUCUACUAUCUCCAGGAAUUCGCACAUUUGAAGCCGAAAGAUACUGCGAUUAUGUUCUUUGCGGUGGGCCUCUCCGGAGCGGUCGUCAGCGCAAUAAUAGCAGUGUUUCUACCCACGGACAUGAAGAAGGGUGGCGAUUCUAGUUCCUCGCGUUCGGAACAAAGUCGAACUCCCUCUACUCCCUCGAGCAGCGCUGGUGCGACAGCUGCUGGUGAAACGACAUCACGAACCAGCUCGCCUUCGCGCUCCAGGUUUUCGCUGUCGCUGACCUUCUCCAAUAGGAAAAUCAUUCGCGUCGGCCUAUUCCUCAAUUUUCUGCACAUGUGCAUCCUGACCAGCCUGUACUACGUGCCCAGCUUUCCACUCGCUAUGGUGGCAGAGGUUCUAGUCGGUGUCUCCUUCCCUGCCGUGGCCUGUCUCUCCUCUAUGGUGGGCACACAUGCUCCGAAGGAUCAGAUCGGGCGCGCGCAGGGCUUUGUGCAGUCUGCGGGGCAGGUGGGGCGGAUCAUGGGUCCGGUAAUGUUUGCCUUGCUCUACGCGGUCUUUCGGAAGGAAGGGCUGCCGCAAUUGCCCUACGCCUUCGGUGCAGUCAUGGUAUUCUGCGCGUUUCUGGUUUCGUGGCGGAAGCUGUGA